AUGCGUGAACGGUGUUUUGGUUGCCGUGCAUCGGCUGUGAAACGGGGAGACAAUGCUACACCACAGAGCAUAGAAGAAGGCGAGGACACCAUGAACAACCUGGCCUUCGAAGAGGAUAGACUGUCGGAGAAGGAGCUAUUCGCUAUGAUGUUGUAA